CAAACCAAACCAAAACCCAAAUUUACUUCUUAAAGUUACUCAAACAAUACCCACUCACACAAACCAUACAAUAAUAACUAUAGUAAUACACAUUUCAUUACUAUGAUAUCUUUUGUUCAGAACAAGAUCAUGGAAAUGGAUACAAAUGCAUUUCCACUUUUUAUCACCCUAGCAGCUACACUCUCCGCAUACUUAUUUUGGUUCCACUUACUCACUCGAAACUUAACCGGUCCAAAAGUUUUCCCAUUUUUCGGCAGCCUCCCGGUUCUUUUCAUGAACCGAAAUCGGGUUCACGACUGGAUGACCUCAAACCUAAGCCAAACCGGUGGUUCAUCAACUUACCAAACAUGUAUCCUCCCAUUCCCUUUCUUGGCUCGCAAACAAGGCUUCUACACAGUCACAAGCCACCCGAAAAACAUCGAACACAUACUCCGAACCCGGUUUGACAAUUACCCGAAAGGACCCACAUGGCAAACCGCUUUCCAUGAUCUUUUAGGACAUGGAAUAUUCAAUAGUGAUGGUGACACGUGGCUGGUUCAACGUAAAACCGCUGCACUCGAAUUCACAACUCGAACCCUUCGUCAAGCCAUGGCUCGUUGGGUGAACCGAACCAUAAAAAACCGGUUAUGGUGUAUUUUAGAUAAAGCCGCUAAAGAAAAAAGAACCGUUGAUUUACAAGAUCUUCUUUUACGGUUAACUUUUGAUAACAUUUGUGGACUUACUUUCGGUAAAGACCCGGAAACUCUCUCUCCGGAUCUACCCGAUAACCCGUUUUCUCUUUCUUUUGAUAAUGCUACUGCAGCUACAUUGCAAAGACUACUUUACCCCGGAUUCAUUUGGAGAUUCCAGAAGCUUCUAGACCUCGGUGCUGAAAAGAAACUAAAACAGAGUUUGAAAAUCGUUGAAAAUUACAUGAACGACGCAGUUUCAGCUCGAGAGAAAUCUCCCUCCGAUGAUCUUUUAUCGCGGUUUCUGAAAAAGCGCGACGGCAAUGGAAAACCGUUUGACACCGGAAAAUUGAUGCACAUUGCGUUGAAUUUUGUUCUCGCCGGGAGAGAUACUUCAUCAGUGGCAUUGAGUUGGUUUUUCUGGCUUGUGAUGAAUCAUCCGAUCGUCGAGGAGAAGAUUUUGGCGGAGUUGACGGAGGUUUUAGCAGAAUCUCGCGGUGGAGAUUGUAACCGGUGGACGGAAGAGGCGGUGGAUUUCGAGGAAGCGGAGAAGCUAGUUUAUCUGAAAGCAGCAUUGGCUGAGACAUUACGAUUGUAUCCAUCUGUGCCGGAGGAUUUUAAAUAUGCGGUGGAGGAUGAUGUGUUGCCGGACGGUACGGUGGUUCCGGCGGGUUCAACGGUGACGUAUUCGAUAUAUUCAGUUGGGAGAAUGAAAAGUGUUUGGGGUGAAGAUUGCAUGGAAUUUAAACCGGAGAGAUGGCUAUCGGUUCAAGGAAACCGGUUCGAACCGCCAAAAGAUGGUUAUAAGUUUGUGGCUUUUAAUGCUGGACCGAGAACUUGUUUGGGGAAAGAUUUGGCUUAUCUACAAAUGAAAUCUGUUGCUGCUGCUGUGUUGAUUCGUUACCGGCUAUUACCGGUUCCCGGUCAUAAAGUUCAGCAGAAAAUGUCUCUAACACUUUUCAUGAAGUAUGGGUUACGUGUGUUCUUGUAUCCACGUCAGCUUCAGAAACUUGACUCUGCUGUGUCUCAUUGAUUCGGUCAUAUGCUGUACAAAGGGCAGUGUGGUCAUUUCAUUAUUAUACAUGUGUUAAUUUGUUUUUUUUUUUGUGACUAAAUGUGUUAAUUUGUUUGUGUUUCCUUGUUAUUGUUAUUAAAUUAUUAUUAGUAAUAGUAAUAUUUAUUUACGGUUGUUUUUGGGAGGGUAUGUUUGUUUGAGGUUGGUGACUUGGUGGAGUCAUGGGUGGGUCAACUUUGAGCUUACAGUUUGCUCAACUAAAGUGUACUUUGUUGUUGUUUAAGGUCCAAUUCAUAGGGACUUUCAUAUUCAUGUUGUUGUUCAUCAAUAAUAUAUUCAUCACACAAAUAUUAUAA